AUGAGCCCAUCAUCAUCUACGUUUGAUGAUCAUCAACUUGCUGGAAAUGAAUCACGUGAGCUUGUAGAUGUAACCAAAUUUGGUGCUUUGGAAAGGCAUAUUUUCAUCGAGAAGCUCAUUCAAAACAUUGAGCAUGACAAUCUCCAGUUGUUGCAAAAGAUUAGGAAAAGAUUGGACAGGGUUGGCAUUGAAUUACCAUCAAUUGAAGUAAGAUAUAACAAUCUCUUGAUAGAAGCAGAGUGUGAAGUUGUGAGCGGGAAAGCUCUUCCAACUCUUUGGAAUUCUUUCAAAAGUGCGGUUUUGGACUUCACAAGGCUAUUACCAGGUUUCAAGUCUGGAAUAUCUAAGAUCAACAUCAUUGAUGGUGUUAGUGGAAUCAUCAAACCUGGAAGAAUGACACUACUACUAGGUCCUCCAGGAUGUGGGAAGACCACCCUAUUGAAGGCUCUUUCAGGAAAUCUCAGCAAAUCACUCAAGGUUCUUCUGAAAACUAGAAGUGCAAUGUAUACUGUGAAUAAUCAUUCCAUAAUUAUGUAUGGUGAUAUUACUUAUAAUGGAUACAAAAUGAAUGAAUUCGUACCUCAAAAAACAUCUGCAUAUAUAAGCCAAUAUGACCUGCAUACUGGAGAAAUGACCGUGAGGGAAACACUUGACUUUUCUCUACAAUGUCAAGGUGUUGGAAACAAAGCAGAGAUUCUAACAGAACUAAUUCGACGGGAAAAAGAUGCCGGAAUCACACCCGAUCCAGAUGUAGAUGCAUAUAUGAAGGGAAGUUCAAUUGAAGGAAAAAAAACAACACUUCAAGCAGACUACAUACUAAGAAUACUUGGACUUGAUACUUGCGCCGACACGCUAGUUGGAGAUGAAAUGAGGAGAGGGAUCUCUGGUGGUGAGAAAAAGAGGUUGACAACAGGCGAAAUGAUUGUUGGUCCAACAAGAGCUUUAUUCAUGGAUGAAAUCUCAAAUGGACUUGAUAGUUCAACAACAUAUCAAAUUGUUGCUUUCCUUCAGCAACUAGCACAUCUCACUGAUGCUACUAUACUUGUAUCCCUUCUUCAACCGGCUCCCGAAACAUUUGAUCUUUUUGAUGAUAUCAUCUUGAUGGGAGAAGGAAAGGUUGUCUAUCAUGGACCUCGAACCCAAGUCUUGGAAUUUAUUGAGAGUGUUGGAUUUAGUUGCCCUGAAAGAAAAGGAGUUGCAGACUUUUUGCAAGAGGUAAUCUCAAGAAAGGAUCAAGCUCAAUAUUGGCAUUCUGAUGAAGCUACACGCCAUUAUUUCUCCAUUGACAUGUUAUCAGAAAGAUUUAAACAAUCUUCUUAUGGAAAGAGACUUAGCGGACAACUUUCAACAGAGAUUUUGAAAUCCAAGAGCCACAAAGAUGCUAUUACGUUUACUGCCUACUCACUUCCCAAAUGGGACCUUUUUAAAACGUGCUUAUCCAAGGAAUUCCUUCUCAUGAAAAGAAAUUCUUUCAUCUAUGUUUUUAAGUUGGUUCAGAUGACCAUCAAUGCAAUCAUCACAAUGACUUUGUUUAUGGGAUCACGGACGAAAGUUGAUCUUAUGCAUUCAAAUUAUUACAUGGGAGCUCUAUUCUAUGCACUAACUAUGCUUGUUACUAAUGGACUCCCAGAGCUUGAACUCACUGUUGCAAGGCUGGCAGUCUUUUACAAGCAUAGAGAUUUAUCCUUUUAUCCGGCUUGGGCGUAUGCAAUUUCAUCAGCCAUUCUAAAGAUCCCGCUCUCAUUUUUGGAAUCUCUAGUUUUUACGUGCUUGACUUAUUAUGUUAUUGGAUAUACUCCUGAGAUUGAAAGGUUUUUGGUCCAUUUAGCUAUACAGUUUGCAGUGCACAUGACCGCGACAUCCAUGUACCGUUUCAUUGCCUCUGCCUAUCGAACUGUGGUUGCCGCUACAAUGGUUGGCGACUUGGCGUUGUUAUACGCCUUCCUAUUCAGCGGCUUUACAAUUCCAAAUUCGUCUAUGCCCAACUGGUUAAAAUGGGGAAUUUGGGCUUCUCCAUUCACAUAUGGUGAGAUCGCUCUCAAUGUAAAUGAAUUCACUGCCUCAAGAUGGAGAAAGAUGCUUCCAUCAAAUAUCAGUAUUGGACAACAAGCACUUGAUGCUCGAGGGUUAAAUUUUAAGGAAAGAUUUGUAUGGAUAUCUAUCGGCGCUUUGCUUGGUUUUAAUUUACUUUUUAACAUUGGAUUCACAUUGGCCUUAACUUUUCUACAUCCUGCUCGUUCUCGCGCCAUCAUUUCUCAAGAGAAAUUUUCUAGACUAGGAAAAAGUAUCAAGACUGAUGCAUUAGAUCAGGAUGAGAAGCAUUCAAGGUUUUCACUAGAGAAACUUGUUGCGAGAUCACAACAAGGUGGUGAGUAG